GAUGUCGGCCGAAGGAGUCGUCGGUGCGAGCGCCGUGAGCGCUUCGCCCGCGCCUCCCCUUAUCCUUAUCAUCUUAUCAGUCCUUAUCAGUUACUCAUCGCGAAACCGAUCGCGUUUCGGUCGAAUAUAACUGCAAAUACCAGUGAUUAGUUCGAAAUCGAUCAUGAUCGGCAGAUUUUUCGUGUUCGCAUUGUUUAACUUGUGCAGUUUCUUUAUUAUCGGAUAUGUAAGCGGUCAAGUUGAAGAGCAGCUAUUGAAUAAAUUGGUGUGCAUCCAACAUGAGGAAUGUGGGCCCUGUUUGUCCGCUGCUGGCCAUUGUCGUUGGUGUGCAGAUCCCUACUAUAGUUCAACAGCUCCGCGAUGUAACGAUGAUGAAAGUCUGGUGGCCACGGGAUGCGGUCAGGGCAUGAUAGAACGCCCUGUCAAACCAGUAUGGGAAGUUGCUGAAAAUCAUUCUCUGCAAGACAUGCUACCCGACAGUCACGAGGCAGUUGUGCAAAUACAACCGCAAAAAAUAAGACUUUCGUUAAAACCACGUGAAACUAAGAAAAUUAAGUUUUCGUAUAGACCUGCCAAAAAUUACCCUUUAGAUUUAUAUUACUUAAUGGAUCUCACUUGGUCAAUGAAAGACGACAAAGAAACCUUAGUGUCUCUAAGAGACGAUCUACCAUCGUUGUUGAAGAAUUUAACAGAUAAUUUUAGAAUAGGAUUUGGUGCCUUCGCCGAAAAACCAAUAAUGCCAUUUAUAAGCGUCGAUCCAAGGCGACUUGCGAAUCCUUGUACGGUGGAAGAAGAGGCGUGUGAGGCAACCUACAGCUAUAAACAUCACUUAACACUUACAAAUCAGGUAAAUGAAUUUAUUGAAAAGGUAAACAGUAGUUCAGUGACAGCAAACUUGGACAACGCCGAAGCACAACUAGACGCUUUGGUGCAGGCGAUAACUUGUGCUAAGGAGAUCGGUUGGUCUCCUCACAGCAGAAAAAUAGUCAUAUUGCUCUCAGAUGGGCUUUUUCAUACAGCGGGUGACGGGAAAUUAGGUGGUGCUUCGUUAAAAAGCGACGAACAAUGUCAUUUAGAUGAGAAUGGUUAUUAUUCCGAAGCGGCCGUAUACGAUUAUCCGUCCAUAGCACAAAUAUACCGACUGCUUGAUAAGUACAAGGUGAAUGUAAUUUUCGCGGUUACGGAAAAUGUGAAGGACCAUUACGACAGCCUACACAAGCUGUUGAGUGACUUCACUUACGUAGCCAAACUAGAGAGCGACAGUUCGAACAUUCUAAAGCUAGUCAAAAUGGGUUAUGAAGAUAUCGUGAGCGUCGUUAAUUUUGAGGAUGACUCCAGUUCAGGCCCUAUAAAGGUUAAAUAUUUCACCGAUUGCGGAGUGAAAGGGGGCUCAUUGAUAGAAGCGAAGCGUUGCACCGGCGUUGGAUAUGGCAUGACGCUUAAUUACGAGGCCCACGUCAGUUUGGAAUCUUGUCCGGAAUACAAAAUGUCGCACCAAACGAUCACGAUAUCAGAAAGCCAGCUGGGUCAAGACUCUUUAACACUUGAUGUAGAAAUACAAUGCGGUUGUAAAUGCCAGAGCGAUGAGCAGAAGGAUUUGGUUCUAACGUGUCCCCGGAAUUCUCAUCUUGUCUGUGGAGUUUGUCAAUGUAAUAAAGGAUGGUCGGGUCCGUACUGCAACUGCACCAUAGAGGACGAGAACGCGUCGGCCGAGCUGCAGGCGCAGUGCCGCGAGCCCAACGUCACGCGCGCGCUCGCGUGCUCCGGCGCCGGCGACUGCGUGUGCGGCCGCUGCCAGUGCGACCGCGGCUCCAGCGGCCGGUACUGCCAGUGCAAGCAAUGCGAGAUCAGUAGAGAAAAUGGCGUAGAGUGUGGUGGUAUAGAGCGAGGUGUGUGUGUGUGCGGCCAGUGCGAGUGUGUGGAGGGGUGGAGCGGCGAGGCGUGCGAGUGCACCGCCGAAACCGACACGUGCGUCGCGCCGGCCUCCAACGAAAUCUGUUCAGGACAUGGCGAUUGUGUUUGCGGUCGAUGCCAAUGUUCCAAUGCUAACGAAGGAGGCACCGUUUAUUCUGGACGUUUUUGUGAAACAUGUGCAACUUGUGAAAAUCCACUUUGUGUUAAUGCAGAGCCGUGUGUUCUGUGUCAUUUGGAUAGCAACUGCACUGAUAUUUGCACUAUCGGAAAUAUCAACUACACUGUUAGUGAAAGGCUUGAUGAAGAAACAUCAAACAACGAUGACACAUCGUGCAUAUUGCGACAUGAGGAAGGCGGUCUCGAGUGCGACUACAGAUACACGUAUAAGGCUGCUAUUAAAUCUACGAUAGCGAUGGAGAUCGUCAUCAGGGCUAAAUUUUGUUCCCAGCCAACGAGCGCCAAGAUUAUGACGACAUCACUGAUAAUAAUGGCUUGUGUUGUGGCCGCCGGUCUUAUUUUCAUAUUUUUCAUUAAAUGUGCUCAAGUGGUAUCUGACCGACGAGCAUAUGCCAAGUUUCUGCAAGAAGCACAGGAAAGCAGGAAGAACAUGCAAGAGUUGAACCCCCUGUAUAAAUCACCAAUAUCGGAAUUUAAAUUACCAGAAUCAUAUCCGAGAGACCGGCAUGAUUUAUAAUAUAACAGUGAAUUUAAAACUAUUUGUAGGUAAGUAUAAUGUAUUGAUGUACUUACGCUUAAAUUGGAUCAAUAUAUGUAUUUUAUUGUAAUAUUGUGGAACAGUACAAAGUUGGUUCUAAUAAUUUUAAUUAGAGUUUUAUCAAUGAAGUUGAAUGUUUUAUUGUAAUAAAUCUAUUCUGUAAAAUAGUGUAUGUAGACUGUGGCAUAAUGUACUUAUUUUUGUA